AUGGACAGGGGAAAGCUGCCAAACAGGUUACUACCAUUACUGCUUUACCGCUUACAAUCUGCACGUGAGAAGACAAACCCGGAUAUUGCUAUAUUUUCCUGUGUAAUCUCGCUCGAUUCACCAACGAAUUAUGAACCUGACUUUGUGAAAGCUACUACAGAGGACUUUUCAAUAGACAACUGGAAAACGGCCAAAGGUCCUCCACAAAUCUUCUCGUCAACACUCCUCAAUUUCAUAUUCAACAUCCAAGAUUUUUCGGAUGAUAGUCCUAUUUACUGUUUCAUCGGAGACCCUUUCAAUAAAUCGUCCGAGUUCGGCUAUAUAAGGUUGGCGUCUGCUGCUUUUUAUGUUUUACCAAGUUUUAGUGGUGUACCGGAACUACUUGAAUUGGGAUACCACCAUGCAGCCAUUGGUUGGAGACAAUGGGACUCUAGCUCUGAAACAGGGGAUGGACCUAUUGUUGGCUACAAGAUCUACGUGCGAUCAGGUAGCAAUGCCGUGUUGGCUAAAGAAGUACCACCUCCAAGCAUGGUCCCAAUUACGGACCGUUCCGUGUUGAAGAGGUCUGCUGAGAAUGCCAAUGAGAUGGUCAUGUAUAACGUCAGUGGACUUGAAGCAGGAUCAACGUACUCUGUUCAGAUUGCAGCGAUACGGGAUGGUAUCAACGGUGAAGGCGAACAAGGACCAGCAUUGACAUUUACAACAAAACAAGGUUGGCAUCUCAAAGAAAUGAAAUGUAAAAUACGCGUUAUAUGA